GCUCUGAAAAGGAAGCCGGACCUCUUCCUGUGUAGCAACCUGGAUGUCAAAGCAGUGUUUCAGUGUGGUGUCCUUUCGCUCAAGUUCCCCGAGGCCCCAACAGUCAAAGCAUCUUGUGGCUUUUUUACAGAGCUGCUGCCCCGUUGUGGAGAGAUCGUCCCGGUGGGACAGGUCGUGCAUGAGAACGGCAAAGUGCUGCUGCAGGCAGUGCUCGAGGGUGUCGGUGGCCAGGCUUCCCGCAGCCUCAUGGAUCACUUCGCAGAAAUCCUCUUUGCCUUGAACAAGCACUGCUUCAGCUACCUGAGCAUCUGGAUCAAGGAGGCUAUGCAGCAGGACGGCUUCCCCUCGGCCCGCGUCAGCCCCGAGCAGAAGGAGACAUUCAGCCAGCAGAUCCUCAGAGAGCGCGUGAACAAGCGGCGAGUGAAGGAGAUGGUGAAGGAGUUCACUCUGCUGUGCCGAGGGCUGCAUGGCACAGAGUACACAGCAGACUACUGAGCACCUGGCCAGGACCGCGGACAGUUUGCCCGGACCAGCUCUUCCCUGCAAGGAAGCCCCCCCCAUCCUCCCCACCCUGCUGCAGUACGGCUCGUAGAAUAACCCUCCACCUAGAAUUAACCCGCUCAGGACGCUCCUCAGCUAGAUUUGGUGGCCGCAUCUCAGUGUCAGCAUCUUUGUUUCCCCCAGCAUGCUCCCCCCUGGCAGGGGAGGGGAGUGCCGGCUGCAGGAGGCGGUGGCAGCGGGGGAGGGGGAAGCCUGGGCAGGACUGCCCAAUGCCCGGGCUACCGGCCCUUCCCCAGCCCUUCCCUGUGGGUGCCCAUGCCCCGUGGCAGGAAGGCUGCCCCUGUGCCCACGGCAGUGGCUGGCUGGGCAGAGGGGCUUGCCCCCUGCUCAUUUGUAUGUGUGUGGUUGGGAGGGGGGAGGCCCUGCACCUAAUUAUAUUAAGAAUAUUUCUAUGUUGUGGUUGUCGUCAUU